AUGUUAAGGUUGGACCAAACUUAUAGUGAAAGUCAAAUAAAUUAAAUUGACAAGAUAACAGAUGUUGGUUUGUAUUAAUCAGUUGCUUAACUUUCAUGUUAGGUGAUUACUUUAUGUCUUUUGAGUUACUCAGACAAAUAAAUUAACUAUAACUAAAAACCAAUGGAACAAUCGGGUCUGAAAUGGCAACUGAAGGAUAUGUGAAGGUUGGACCAACAUGUGUAUUAUGCAGUGGACUUCUAACACACCCAACAGCACUGCCUUGUAAGCAUGCAUGUUGCCCAAAGUGUUUCUAUGAUCUACGCAAGGAAGGCAAACAUAAAGGGGUUUUCAACUGCCCCACUUGUAAUCAUGAAUGCCUUAUGGAAAAAGAAAAUAAGCAGCUGUUAAAGAAUGCUCCCCAUGGUCAACAGGUUCAAUCAGCCAAAGACACUGCUAGUAGCUCAUCAAACAUCAGAAAACCAGCAACAGUUAGCAUCCAUACAGAAGUUCAUCCAGACCAAACUGUUAAAUCAUCUUUGACUCCAGCUAGACCUAAAGACACCAAGGAGACCCUCACACAAAUUCACCCCAGUCGCUCCAUUCAGUCAGUGGCUACUACCACUAUAUCAGCAAAUAGCAAGCCAAAGAAAGUGUCAUUUCUAACAGUGGAGGAGGGUGACAUUGAGGAAGAUGCAGAAGUUGCUUUCAAAGAUCCACUUCCAGAUCGUCCUAGUAAGCAGAAUAUUCUACAAGAAUCUACUGUUGGUAUUACUGGUUCUACAAUCAUCGAUGUUCAAGUAAAUGAGCAUUUGGUUCAUAAAUCUUCUGUCACUGAUCCUAGUUCUGAAAGCAUCAAGGAAACAGCCAAAACUGUACCACAAAGACAAAGAUGUACUGACAAUGCUUCUAGCUCUCAAAAUACCAAUGAACUACCCAAAAGUGGUCCACCUGAACAUUUCAUUCAACAAUCUCCUGUCACUGAUUCCAGUUCUGAAAACAUCAAUGAACCAGCAAAAACUGUACCACAAGGACAAAGAUCUACUGACAGUUCUUCUAGUUCUAGAAAGAUCACUGAACUACCUAAAACUGUCCUGCAAGGAGAAAGAUCUUCUAGUUCUAAAAAGAUCCAUGACCUACCUAAAACUGUUCAACAAAGAUCUACUGUUAGUACUUAAUGUUCCACCAGAGUAUUUGAUUCAACAAUCUCCUGUCACUGAUUCUAGUUCUGAAAACAUCAAUGAACCAGAAAAAAAUGUUCAAUCAGAUGAGUCAUCAACUGUUGCAGUUACAUCAUCAACUGUUGCAGUUACAUCAUCAACUGUUGCUGUUACAUCAUCAACAGACAUCAAUGAAGCACCUAAGAAUAUCUCACAAAAAUAUCCCUUGCAAGUAUCUACUGUCAUAACAAGCAAUCCAACUGACAUCAACAAGUCAGUCAAAGAUGCUGUUCAAAAACAAUCCUCUACUGAUACUACUACUAGCUCAGAAAUUAAAAAGAACCCAGACAGAGAAAGGGAACCAGACAGAGUGGAGGUCAGUUUUGUAGGGAUGCCAGAGGUAAUAACAUUUUUGGAUAAACUGAAAGAAGAUAGGAGGACAAAACGGGCAACUGAAGAUGCAAGACGGAGUGAAGAACAUUCAAGAUGGAAAAGUGAAGAUGAAGAAAGAGUGAAAGAGGAUGAAAUUUUAGCUGAAGAAGAUGCAAAAGAGAGAAAUCAGGAAUUGGCAUGCAGUAGAGGUCUCUGUCUUCCCAAAGCUAAAAAGGAUAACACACUUAAUAUAAAAAUCAACAUGGAAAGGCGAGAGAAGGAAGACAAACAACGACAAGAAGAAAAAGUCAGACAAAGGAAAGAAGAUGAAAGGCGAAAGGAAGAAGAUGAAAGAUUGUCGCCAAUAGAGAAUCUUUUAAAACCCAUAUCGCCAAUGUCAAUCAAAAGCCUUUCAUAUGAAGAGAUCAAACAUUUAUAUGUCAAAGAAAAACUUCAAGCUCUUCAUAAACAGGAAGCAGAAUCGACUAAGCGGUUAAAGAAAAUAAGAAUGAUUAAUAAAAAAGAUAAGGACCAUUACAAAAAAGUAGAAGAGGAAAAAAAAGAAUGGAAGAAACAUAAAGAGGAACAUAUCAAAAGUCUGAGGGAAAUAGGUAACAUUCAUUGUGAAAUGGCUAAGCUUGGAGACCAAUUAGAAUUUUUAAAGGCAAUAGCCAUUUAUGAAUGUGGAUUGGUCCACUGUCAGGAAGAAGAAAUGGGAGACAACCAGAAUAUGAAGGAUGAACUAUCAAAGCUGCUUAAAAAUGAUAAAAGGGAAGCACUGAAAUGUUUUUUUCAGAAAUGUAGGAAAGAUGUGUCAAGAAGUACCCUGGAACACAUGCUGCAGGGAUUUUUGGAUGAUGAAAAAGCAAACGAAAAGAAGCUAAAAGAUAUCAGAGAUGAAUUAAAAGAGAAGAUUAAGUCAAUGGAUACAGAAACAGACAAAUACAACUUUUAUAGUUUUACAGCAGAUGAAGAGAGAGUAAAACGAGAGAAAGCAAGAAUAGAAAAAAAUGGCGAAAUAUUCAAAUGGAUCAAAGAUAAAAUGAAAGAGUUUGUAAAUGUUCUAUUAACCCAAUGUCUCAAGACACUAAACCUGUGUGGUCAUAAUUCUCAAAAGCUUGACUUUGCUUUCAUAGCAUUUGGUUCCCUCUCCAGAGAAGAAACAACACCAUAUUCAGAUGUGGAGUUUGCAGUAGUUCAGGAUUCAGAAGAAGAUAAAAUUACACAAGAAGACAAAACAACAUUACAGAACAUAGUUAUGACUCUCCAUAUUAAAUUCCUUUCAUUUGGUGAAACAAUUCUCCCAGCUAUGGACAUAGCUUCGUUGAAUGAGAGUGACAAGAAUGACGACAAGGACUGGUACUUUGAUUUCAGAAAAUAUACAAAAACAAAGCAAGGAAUUUCAUUUGACGGGAUAAUGCCCAGAGCGAACAAAACACCUUAUUUUGAGUGCCAAACAGAAACAGAAAGCACAAAAUUUUGCUCAAUAAACACAAGAGCUGCAUUUGAAAUCCUCUUCAAGAAAAUGAAUCCUGGUAAAACAAUGGAAAAACUGCUGUAUUUCUUCAAAGGGGAUUUUACAACACUGUGUGGCAACAAGUCCAUUGCAGACAAAAUGAAGAAGUGUUUUAUGGAAUUCUCACAGAGGGACAACAUUUUAGAGCUGAUAGAGGAUGAACUGAAUGAAGACUUUGUGAAACACUCCUGCAUUAAAAAGAUAUAUGAUGCCAAGUACAAUAAAAAGCUCAUAAAAAAGAAUGAAAUCCAUGUGAAAAAGGAACUAUAUCGUCUUCCCAGUGUUGUUAUUAACAACCUCCUGCACCUACUGAAAAGUGACACUACUUGUGUAUGGGAUAUUAAGGAAAUUGAAGGAAUAGACAGUGAAGUCAUUCAUAAUUUACAGAUGACAUUAUCAACGGCUGCUGAAAUACGGUUAAGAAGCUAUGCAAAAAACAAUGGUCAAGUAGAUGAAGAUAAAGAUCAUCUAUUACCAGACAUCCUUGUAGGGGAUAAAAUCGAGAACAAAGAUGAUGCCUUUAGCAAGGAACUCAUCCUCCGCUACUUCUUAACAGCCAUCCCAUUAGUACAUGCCAUAGAAGAAGGAAAACAUGAAAAGAAGGGAGUUGAAGAAGUACUCAAGGGAAAGCCAUGUCUCUAUGAUCCAUCAGAUCUGAACAAAGCAAUGGCCUACCUACUUAUGAAUGACAUCAACAAGGCUAAAGAAUGGAUGAAAAAAGCAAACAAAAGGUUAUACGAUGGUACUGUUGAAGCCUCGCCAACACAAGGCAUACUGUAUAUUUUGUGUAACAGGCACAUCGAUGAUAAAGAUAUGUGUGAAGAAUUCUUUAAGAAAAUGACAAGCAAAGUGCAUGAAGAAAGUAAUGAGCCAAAAGUUGAACCUGAAGU